AUGGCGACAUCCCAAGAACAGACACUGCCAAUAGUCUCAAGCCAGCAAUGUUUCGACGACCAGGAAGCAAAAGAAGAAGGCGCGGAGGGUAGCCACCAACGCAUUAGUGCAAGCAAUCACAGCAUCAGCGCGAGCGUUUACAGUGACAGCAGCUACCACGAUAAUAUGGAUGAAGCGAUGGCGACUCAGCGGUCGUUGCAACGGUUCAUGAAUACCUUGCUAUACGAUGCACAUGUGUCUGCGCUGGAAGUGAUUUUAAUACAAGACAAUGCGUCGAUUCUCACAAAGGAGGCUUCACUGAGUGCCCGUGCCGCCCACGAACGAUUGGCUAUGGAUAGAAGAGAUCACAUGAUAAUCACCAAGGAAAUAUCCCGUUGGGAAUCAUAUCCCUUUGAAGUCGACAAACCAAUCGUAGUGGCGAAACCAAAGCGAGCCAAGAACGGAUGCGUCCCGCAACGAAGGGCCAAGCGACGAUCAGGAUUGGAGUCGGCGGGAGAAAUCAAAGCAGAUAUUCUAAAAAAGGCCGAAAGUUUGCCGAGACGACCAAGACGACGGUCCAGCGUGGCAACGGAUGAAGCACAAAAAUCGUCCGUCCGACAGGAACUCAUGUCACUCUUUGACGACGACGAUGACACCACCAUGUCAGGCAACAGCAGUAGCACCGCCACCGGGACUUCGGGUUCUACCGUGAGCAGCAAAACUGGUAGCAAAUUAAAACGGAAUAUCAGUACACCCAAGAAGCCAACUCGAAGACUCAGCGAAUUGCCAGAAGAUUUGACGUCAAUCAACAACAACAACAACAACUCCAGCGGACCCAUUAGUAGUAGUACCAACACUCGAAAUUCACGACCAGCGACCAUCCUUUCCGAUCUCAUGGGAGACUCGAUGCAUUCCUAUGAGAGCACCGAAACGACACUGUCGGAAAUUGCUUCGCGGCAGUCGGACUUGUCUUCCAUCAGUGAACAAACCAACGAAUUGCUAGCUACUCUGGCCGAAGAUCGACCCAUGCUGGACUGCUCUGUGAUUUUGGAAGAAGCCGAUAGUCAUCAUCAACAACAACAAUCUAUCCUGACUACUCACCUUCAAAAUAACGGAUCCCAAGCAGGAAAGAAACAACAACAAUCUAUACCUAAAAAACCCGUGCGGCGGGUCAGCGAGGUCCCGCAUGAUUUGUUAGGCCCCAUGCCCAGAAGCUCGGACGGUACAAGUGACGUUAGUACUUCCAGUGAACUGACAGCGACGCAACCGCUACAACCCAAAAUACCAGAGGAAGAAGAAGAACUCCCGAGCUUGACUGUGAUGGAGUCGCCGUCUGUAGACUUGGACCACGACCCCUUGUCAUAUGAUGAUGAAGGCGACGAAGGUGCGAAGCAACAAAGAAAUCAUCCUUCCAUGAAUAGUAAUGGGAACAAUCAAAUUGUCAACCCGAGAUGGAGCGCGGAACAUCGAAAAGUUGAACGUACAGAGUCUCUACCAAACAAAAAAGUCUCCAGAACCGAGUCCUUACCGAAAAUGCCGACACGUCGGGUCAGCGAGGUGCCUCACAAUCUGGUGAAUUCGUUUGCAAAGGGCUACCAUUCCCCGAAACGGGGUUUGUCACCAGUCAGGCAUGGCAGCGACGCUCAACGUUCGCUUAGUACGGAAUCGACAGCAUCAGAAACAUCCGUUGCUUCCGAUAUUGAUGAAGCCACUGCUGGAAGACAUCCGACAGAAUUGUUUGCAGUCAUUCUAGAGGAGGAAUAA